CAAGAAGACUCAAAGCAGUAUUUGUGAAUAUUCUAAAAGGAAUGGUUUGACAUUGGAAAAUAUGUGCAUUCAUCUUCUUACUGAUAGUUAGAUGAGAAGAUCAAUACCACUUUCUUAUUUGUCCAUUCAAAGUCACUACUUCCUUGCCAGGGGCAGUGACCUCAAGGAGUCUCCUCUGGUCACCCGGCAACCCCACAGUGACAACAAGACUCAAGGAAUUCACUGCCAAGAAAAAGUCCAGCAUAUAACUCACUGUAAAACCACAUGAGAGGUAUCAAAUUCCCAAAAUGUCAAACUAUUCCUUAGAGCUUGAUAUCAGACAUGCAAGACUCUAAUCUGUGGUCAUCAAGAUGCAGCUGCCCUGUAACCAAUUGUGUGUCUGUGUAAACAUUUACAAUAAAAUUAGCUCAUAUUAUAGAAGUAAUGUUCUCAAUGAAUUAAUGUCCUUUGUCUGAAUUUGGUAGUAUUGUUCUUGAGUAUAGGAAAACUUGACAUAAUGUUGACAUUUCUUUAUUGGUUAUAAGCCCCUGUCAAGUUGUUGUUGUCUCUUUUUAGAGAAUGCAACACUAUUGCUGUUAUUCAGAUCUGGUCCAGUAGGUCCUGCGAACCACAAGGUUCAGCUGCAAUGUGAUUAUCCCCAUCAUGUGAUCUACAGCCGGGGUAUGAAAGAGGGCCUUUUAUUUGAGCUGGAAGCAAUCGUCAGAGGUUUUCAUGCACUGAGAAGCUACAGCAGAUCCUUGUCAGCUUGGUUUGGUCAUGACAUAAUCAUCUGACUUCCCUCCAAAUCUUCACGGUUAGGAGUGGGGAGAAACUCAAGAGGUUUUAGUGCUGGAGUUUUUGUCAUGGAUCAUCAUACCUCUGGCCAGCACAGUCAGCCCAGCCACGCCUCAAGCUUUCAGUGGCUUUCGUUUGCCUACCAGGGCCUGACAGAAAUCCCCUAUGAAACCAUUCUAACACAGACAGAUACCCUGGAGGUGCUGGACCUGAGUUACAAUGUUCUUUAUUGGAACCCGGCUCUGCUGGGUCAGCUGGAGAGGCUCAGCACUCUGAUCCUGGACUGCAACAACUACACGUCUCACGUCAAGUUCCCCUACAUGCCCAGCGUCACCACAGUAUGCAUCAACAAGAACAAGAUCAACAAUCUGCCUGUCUUUGUGGAAGAAAUCCGACGAAAGUUCCCCAGCAUAAAGAUCCUCAGUAUGAUGAACAAUGAGGCAGCACCAAGCUAUUUCAAUGGAGGAAGUCUGACUCAGUACAAAGACUACAGACAGUAUGUCAUCAGUCAGCUCCCGGGGCUGGAGAUUCUGGAUGACACUGAGGUCCUGGAGAAGGAGAGAGUCCAAGCUAGAAAAACCUACAGGCUGCAGCAGAGUACUCAUGGCAGCAGAAAGAGGAAGGAGGAUUCAUCCAAGAAACACACACACAUGCAGAAAAAGUCAAGUACUGUCAUAAGGCAAUAGCAUGCACAAAGUUUUUAAACCCUUCCUUUAUGAUCACCUUUUUAAUAAUAUAUUUAAUGAUAUAAUAUAUAAAAUAUAUAAUUGUAUGUUCUGUAUCUUCUUGUUCCAACACUUAACUGACAUGUAAUAUUUAAAUCCAAACUCUAUGUUUUGUAUGGCUGCACAUCAUAUUAAAUGAAAAUAAUUUA